AUGUUAAUCGAUUCACGAUUAUUACUUAAACAACAACAACACGAAAAUGUUGAAAUUGACGUGUUACAAACGAAUAAGAAAAAAAAAACGAGAAGAGAAGAAGAAGGUUUAAAAAAUCAAACUAAUAAUCAGGUGUCGUCGUCGUUAUCGUCGGAUUCUAGAAUUUUCUAA